GCGGUUUGAAAUUCCAAAUGAACGUAUGUUGUUUCUAGCAAUAUUCAUAAAAAAAUUGAAACCCCCUACAGCGGGCCGCGGAGACCCAGUUAAAUACCACUGAUUCUAGUGGAAAGUGGAAACCAGUGUCCUGCCAGCCACCAGCACAACUCAGCUCACGUCAUUUUCAGAACAUAUGCUGUGCUUAUGGGCAAGCAGGCAGGCACGCAGAGCAAACAUUGACGAGGGAAGAACGGUCCCUCAGCUGCCAGAGAAAUCGGACACCGUUUUUCACUAUUAUAUAGGAGAGGCGAAACGGAUCAGAGGACCAAUACGCGGCGUGACCUUCUGCGUGUACCAUCUUCAUCUCCAUUUCCUUCAACCCUACACUUGCAUGACCUGUGCUGUCUAGGCUAGAAGGCGUCGGCUCCCUGUUCUAUUGUGUGUCCUUUGACAAUGUCCAAUGUGCCUUCAUCUAGAUAUGCUGCUGCAAUAUCAGCCCUUUCCCUCAGUUUACCUGCUGUUAACCCCAACCCACCGCUUACCCCCAAAUCAUCCCUUACCCCCAAAUCCCUGACCCCUAAACCACUAGUUGACCCUACCCCCAAACCACCCCUUACCAUCAAACUAUCAUCAUAUUCCCCUUCACCUGAGAUUUUCGGAUCCGAUGAUGAGGAACAGGAGAAUCCAUCUGAUUACUGUAUAGGUGGCUACUACCCAGUGGAAAUUGGAGCAAUAUUCAUUGACCGUUACCAGGUGGUGAAGAAGUUGGGUUGGGGCCACUUCUCCACUGUGUGGCUAGGCUGGGACAUUGAGAAGAGGCGUUUUGUGGCUCUGAAGGUGGUAAAGAGUGCUCCAACCUUCACAGAGACUGGUUUGGAUGAGAUCAAGCUUCUGAAAUGUGUAAGGGACAGUGACCCAUCUGACCCUAAACGAGACACUGUUGUGCAACUUAUCGAUGACUUCAAGGUCUCUGGAGUCAAUGGGGAGCAUGUAUGCAUGGUUCUUGAAGUGCUGGGUCACCAACUGCUGAAGUGGAUCAUCAAAUCCAACUACACUGGCCUUCCCCUGCCCUGCGUUAAGAGCAUCCUCAGACAGGUUUUCCAGGGCUUAGAUUACUUGCACACUAAAUGCAAGAUUAUCCACACAGACAUCAAGCCAGAGAACAUCCUUUUGAGAGUGGAUGAUGUUUACGUCCAGGAGCUGGCAGCCGACACCAACCUACAGGAGCUGUCAGUUUCUCCUGCUCCCACAAGCUGUUCAGAAAAUACCAGUCUAAGAGAGAAGCAGAUUGUGUCAAACCUUUUGGGGAAGUUGACUGUGGCUUUCCAGACUCUUGGGGUUUGGACCGGGAAGGUUUCCAGGAUCCCGAGGGCCAGGUUGUCGAGGAAGGAGAACAAACAUCAACAGCCGCAGCAGGGCGAGGACACUUUAGUUGACCGUCAGAAGAGGGCAAAACCUCAUGUGUCAUUCUCCAAUAUCACCACUCCCUGUAGCACUCCCAGUUCCACCUCUCCCCCUAAGCCUUCAGGUCCUGUGCGUACUACUUGGAGACAGAACCUGCUGCAUGAAGAAGCAAUGGGCUCUGACAGCAAGGAGUCAGACUCGUCACCGAUAGAAGAUGCACCAUCAUUGACUACAAUGUCUCACUGCUCUAGACAAUCUACAGUGUUGCAUCCUUCUACCCAGAGAGACAACCAGCCCUCAUCACCAUCACAUGGGUUCAGUGAAACAGAUAUGUUGGUGAAUCUUCUGAAGCCACAGAAUGCUGAUGAAAUCAGCAUCAAGAUUGCAGAUCUGGGCAAUGCCUGCUGGGUGUACAAACACUUCACAGAGGACAUCCAGACCUGUCAGUACCGUUCUGUGGAGGUCCUGAUUGGGGCUGGCUAUGGCACUCCUGCAGACAUCUGGAGCACAGCCUGCAUGGCAUUUGAGCUGGCCACUGGAGAAUAUCUGUUUGAACCCCAUUCAGGGGACAACUUCUCUCGAGAGGAAGAUCACAUUGCUCACAUAAUUGAGUUGCUGGGACCCCUUCCAUCCCAGUUUGCCCUCUCAGGGAGAAACUCCAGGCGAUAUUUCAAUCACAAAGGGCAUCUGCGGCGCAUCUCAAGGCUGAAGCCGUGGAGUUUGUGUGAGAUCCUGCUGGAUAAAUACGAGUGGCCACGGGAGCAGGCAGUCCAGUUCAGUGCCUUCCUCCUCACCAUGCUGGAGCCCCUCCCAGAGAAGAGAGCCACCGCUUCCCAGUGUUUAAAACAUCCCUGGAUCUCCUCAUAGACAUCAUACUGUUACCUAGUGUCUGAACCCCUCUGGAUCCCCUCAUGGACACAGAGUCGCCACCACUGCCCAGUGUCUGAACCACCCUGGAUUACAUCAUAGACACAGCCGUCUCACCGAGGCCACAGAGGUUACAGAGGUGAAGUCCCAUAAUACGAUGAUGAUUUCAAGGGCAAUUCCACCCAUUUUAAACCUCAUGUCAUUAUCUCAAGCACAAUACCAGUGUCUAAAUAUGAAAUUUGCGUAUUUCUACUUUUUGUAGAACAAAAUAUAAAUAAAAAAAGUUAAACGCGAUGACAUCAUCAGAAGUUGAAACAUAAAAAAGAAAAAGUGAUUUUCUAACACUGUGAGAUACGUGGCAACGUGUGGAGCAAGAAAAUACCCUCCCUCUGACUAGAAACUUACCCUGUGAUGUCACAGAGAAGUCUUUUUUAGGACCUUAUCUGUUUAACCACAGAUCAUAGAAACGUGCUGUUUUCACAUACCGUAUGUAGACACUGGUUUGGUGCUGGUGAUAAUUAUGAGGUUGAAAAGUGGCAGAAUUGCCAUUAAAGUGGGGGAAGGGGUUUUGUAGGUCAUGUAUGAAAUUCAACAAGUGUUAUUUUUUUCAGCUGAUUUUCAUCAUGUGCUAUUUUUCUGUUUGCUCUGCAAGAGCAAUCAAUUAUUACUAUAUUUUGUCGGGUGAUUUGAAGCGUUUGAUGUGGAGAAAAUAACUUUUGAUAUGGAGAGAUGACAUGAGAAACAAAUCCAGUUUAUGUAAAACUGUCACUGUUUAAUUGUACAGCUCUCUUUAGAUAUUCAUUUGAUAUUCCAGAUUACUUCUGAUGUGAUGGCCUGUGUUCAGAUUAUUCAAAUUGGAGCACAUCAAUGACCAAAAUCAUAAAGAAGGCAAGACUUACUGGAAUACUGCCUUUUCAAAAGGACACUGGGAACAUUACUUUUGUUGUUGUCUUUCAUUGAAUAAAUGCUAUUUGUUUAUACAAGG